UGAUUUGAUCUUCUUGUGCAUUAAUCCUUACCAUAUUAUCCAUCAUGGCCUUAAACUGCCUUUCCCUGCUACUCAUCACAUUGAUGAUGAACCCAUCAUUAAUAACAAAAUCAGCAGCUUCCUCCGCCGCCGCCGACAAAGUGUACAUCGUGUACAUGGGUUCGGCGAACCCGGCCAAGGAAAGCGCGAUAAACUCCAUGCUUAAAAGAGACGGCGGGAGGGCCAUCGAUCCACUCCGAACCUACCGCCACGGCCUGUCGGGCUUCUCUGCCCGUCUUUCUCCAGAAGAGGCGGCCGCCAUUGCUGAUCAUCCCCAUGUCAUCUCCGUUUUCCCGGACGAGUCCUACAAGCUCCUAACCAGUCGAUCAUGGGACUUCCUACAAGAGCUUACCGAAUCCAACGACGUCGUUCCGCUUGCUGGGCCCAUCAGGCCCGGUUUCUGUACCUCAAGCCCAAGUAGUGGGCUCGUGAUUGGGUUCAUCGACACGGGGAUUUGGCCCGAAUCGGAGAGCUUCAAAUCGGAAGGCACCAAUUCAAACCCUCCACGUGGCUGGAACGGGACGUGUAUGGCGGGAGCCGACUUCGAGAGCACCGCCUGCAACGGAAAAAUCAUUGGUGCGAGACACUAUGUGACCGGAACGGCGAGGGACUGGGCAGGGCACGGGACCCACGUGGCGUCGACGGCGGCCGGAGCAGCGGUGGGGAAAGCCUCGUACUACGACCUAGCUACAGGGACAGCGAGGGGAGGGUCGGAGUUUGCCAGAAUUGCCGUCUACAAAGCUUGCAACGACAGGCUGCGGUGUAAGGGCUCUCACAUGCUCAGCGCGUUCGACGACGCUAUCGGCGACGGAGUCCACGACAUCUCCGUCUCCAGCGCCCCCGACGAAGUGCCGUCGCGCUCCCCUUACUUCCUGAGGGACCCGGUCGCGAUCGGCGCCUUCCACGCCGUCGAGAGAGGGAUCACCGUAGUUGCCGGCGCCGGCAAUACAGGACCCGAUCCGGCGAGUGUCUUCAACGACGCACCAUGGAUCAUAACCGUCGGCGCCUCCACCAUCGACAGAGUUUUCCGAGCAGAUGUCGUGUUGGGUGGUGGAGGUGGAGUGGUCAAGGGUGAGUGGCUGACCUUCCCGGAUCUUGAUCGGUCGCCGAUACAUCCGUUGACGGACGGCAGCACAGCCAAGGAAGGGAAUGCAUCAUAUCUUGCAGCAAGUGACUGCCAACAGGAUUCACUGAAAAGGGAGAAAACAGAAGGGAAAAUUGUCAUCUGUGAGGUGAAAGGGAAAGAUCCCACUAUCAACCUCUUGACUCAAGCGAAUGAGGUGCAGGGUAAAGGUGGGUUGGGGAUGAUACUCGUCGACGACGUGACCCGAAGGGUAGCCGAGUACUCCGGCGACUUCCCCGUUACAGUGGUCAGCUCACGGGAAGCAGUCAAGCUCAAGUCUUAUCUCAACAUCACCGUGGACCCGCUGGCUACCAUACUCCCAACGGUAACGGUGGGAAACUAUCGACCAGCGCCACAAGUGUCAUACUUCUCCACCAGGGGACCUUCUGUCAAUUUGCCCAACAUAAUCAAGGUUGUGCAGCCUGAUGUAAUAGCUCCUGGUGUGUCGAUUCUGGCGGCGUGGAUCGGGGAUGACUCAGAGUCCACCCCAAAAGGCAGAAAGCCGCCAUCGUUCAACAUAAUAUCUGGAACAUCGGUGUCUUGUCCCCACGUCGCAGGGGCUGUCGCCGCCAUCAAGAAUGCCCAACCUUCAUUCAGCCCCUUUGCUAUCAAAUCAGCAUCAUGA